AUGAGCUUUAAGGAUAAAGUAGUGUUAAUAACUGGUGGAAACUCAGGCGUUGGUGCGGCGAUAGCGGAAUUCUUCUGCAGAGAAGGAGCAGAUGUGACCAUCGUUGGUCGUAAUGAGGCCAAACUUGUUACCGUAGCUGAAAAUUGUGCUACCAUUGGUAUUCGACCUUAUACCAUAACCGCUGAUUUGACCAAGGACGAAGAAGUUGCAACUGUAAUAGAAAAAACUAUUAAAAAGUACAAAAAGCUAGAUGUACUUAUCAACAGUGCGGGGUUAUUAAAAUUCGCAACAAUCAACGAUAACCUUCUUGAAGUGUUUGAUGAAGUACUGAACAUAAAUCUGCGGGCUGUAGUACACAUAACAACAUUAGCAGCACCAGAAUUGAUCAAAACCAAAGGGAAUAUCAUCAACAUAUCAAGUAUAGCUGGCACGAAACGGAUCGGUGUUCCAGAAUAUUCUUUAGUUUACGGCACUUCUAAAUUCUGCUUGAAUCAUUUCUCGAGGUGUGCUGCUUUGGAACUUGGAUUAUAUGGUGUAAGAGUAAACACUGUUAGUUUAGGGGCAGUGAGGACUAACAUUUUGGAAACUGCAGGAUGUUCUUAUUCAUGGAACGAUUUUGUAAGACACAGUGCCAUUAAGAAGAUAACCGAACCUGAGGAAGUAGCUGAUCUAAUUGGAUUUUUAGCUAGUGAUAAAGCUAAGAGUAUUACAGGAGCUAAUUACGUCAUUGAUAAUGGUAUGCAAGUGAAGAAAUAA